UUGCCAAAAACCCUGCGAAUAUUUUACUACCAGAGAAGAAAGAAAGGGUGAAGAUGACGGGAUUUUGGAGAAACAAGUUUUACUAUCAAAUCUCAUUCUCCAUAAUCAACAAUGCCCCCAUGAAAACCAUCCCACUUUCUCCUUCUUCAAUUCGAACUCUUUUCACUCACUCGAAUCCCACAAAAUAUCUAAACCCCCAUUCGAACCCUUGUAAGUUAAAGAAUGCUUUUGUAUUUAACUUGAUUUCGCGGAAUUAUUCGCAUUCCUCGUCAUCCAUGCCUGCCCAUCCAUUUUUUGCCUCCAGACGAAGCCCUGGCUUUGCUGUAGCUAAAUGCUUAUCCUCGGUUUCGUCGUCGCCGAAUACCGUGGGCUGGAACGACGCCGUUUCCUGCUCGGAAAUUGGGGAUGGUGGGGCAAGUGAAGCUGAAGUUACGACUUUGUCGGAGGUGGAUGAUGAUGAUGAUGCAAUUGCUGGUUCUAUUCCAGUUAGGGCUUAUUUCUACUCCACUAGUGUGGACUUAAGGGGCUUAAUGGAUCAAAACAAACCGAAUUUAAUUCCACCCUCAUCUCGUAUGACUAAUUAUGUCGUCUUAAGAUUUGGCAAGCGCAAGUCCGAGCCCAAUGCUCUGGGUGCUAGUUUAAUUGGAAGUGACUGCUCGUACAUGGUUGUUUUUCACUAUGGCUCAAUUGUCCUUUUUAAUGUUCGGGAUCAUGAAAUUGAGGGAUAUUUGAACAUCGUAGAAAAACAUGCUUCUGGAAUGCUCCCUGACAUGAAAAGAGAUGAAUAUGAGGUCAGAGAAAAGCCAACUCUGAACACUUGGAUGCAAGGGGGUUUGGAUUACAUAAUGUUGCAAUAUUUAAAUAUUGAUGGGAUUCGUACCAUUGGCAGUGUUCUUGGUCAAAGUAUUGCCCUUGAUUACUAUGUUCGCCAGGUUGAUGGAAUGGUUGCAGAAUUUACUGACAUUAAUCGUGGAAUGGAGAAAACAGGCACAUUCAAGAUGGAACGAAAAAAGCUUUUCCAGCUAGUUGGAAAGGCCAAUUCCAAUCUUGCUGAUGUGAUUCUUAAACUUGGACUCUUUGAACGGUCAGACAUAGCGUGGAAGGAUGCUAAGUAUGCUCAAAUAUGGGAAUAUCUCAGGGAUGAAUUUGAAUUGACUCAGAGAUUUGCAAGCCUGGAUUUUAAGUUGAAAUUUGUGGAGCAUAAUAUCCGUUUUCUCCAGGAGAUCCUUCAAAAUAGGAAGUCAGAUUUUCUGGAAUGGCUUAUCAUUAUACUUAUAGCUGCAGAAAUCCUCAUAUCUGUUUAUGAUAUUGCCCACAGAUCAGCAAUUACGUCUCUAUGACACCUCUAGGUUACAAUGGCGAAGGAAUCAUUCAUUUUUGCUAAUGCUGAUUGCCGGUCAGUUUUUGUGUAUAUCCUUUAGAUUAUGCUUCUAAUUUGAUAGGGAAAUUGAAAAGAGAAAGAAGAUCUUGAAAAUAUCAUUCUUUGUAAUUUUUCAAUGGAAAUUUGCUGCCCAGUCAUCGACAACUAGAAUAGCGUGCAUUGCUAGUUCAAAAUAUCCCACGGAAUGUUUUCUCCA